CCGACAGCCGGCUCUCAUUCCGACGCGGGACGUCCUCGCGAGCGUACGUGUUUCUAGUACAACUCCGAGCUACAAACUUUACUCGAGUUACUCGACUCAGCUAGACAUCACGCUGUUUCCAACCUUAAAUUAAGAAAAUAAAUUCAUUUCUCCAACCACCCGCGAGACUAAUCUGUCGCGGCGGUGCGUGCAUUCUUUGUUUUGCCGUUUUUUCCGGAAGUGACUUACCGAUAAAUCGCACUUGGUGACAAUUUGAGUGGACAACAUUUGAGUGACUGUGCUAUUGUUUUGUGUGAUACAAACUGAUGUUUUUGGAGUUAUAAUUGUUAUUGGUUCUAUCUCACGAAAAUAAUAUAAGGUGGUGAUUUGCAAAACUCUAACGAGCUUGCUAUAAAUUGACACAAAUAAAUAUGAAAGAAUGCUGUACCUCUUCUGGCACCCCUUAGAAAGUGGUUUCGCGUGGGGACUGCUCUCGUGCGAUAGCGGCGAGCUGCUAAGAUAUUUCAUGUGAUGCGCGAGUGACAACGGCACCAUGAUUCGCGAUCCACCGGCCAUGCACAAAACCGACAACGCAAAUAGUCAACAAGAUGAAAACAAGUACAGUCUGUCGAGCGGCGUGGCGAGCAACGCCGCGGGCGCCAGGCUCUGCGCGCAGUGCGGAAAGGUGAUCACCGAGCGAUUCCUCCUCAAAGCAAUGGAGAGAUUCUGGCAUGAAGACUGCCUCAAAUGCGGCUGCUGCGACUGCCGGCUCGGCGAAGUAGGCUCCAAGCUUUAUUACAAGGCCGACCUUAUGCUCUGCAAAAGGGAUUAUCUUAGGUUAUUUGGUGCCACAGGCAAUUGUGUGGCGUGCAACAAAGUCAUUCCCGCCUUCGAAAUGGUUAUGCGAGCCAAAAGCUUCGUUUACCACUUAGAAUGCUUUGCCUGUCAACAAUGCAAUCACAGGUUUUGCGUAGGCGACAGAUUUUAUCUGUGCGACAACAAGAUUCUCUGCGAGUACGACUACGAGGAGAGACUGGUGUUCGCGAGCAUGGCCGCCAACCCCAGCGGGCUCGCGCACAUCAGGCGACAAGUCAGUGGACUACAGCAGUCUCCAAGUGGUGGUUACGUGGGGGGAGCAGGUUGUGCGGGCGCGGCGGGGGCGGCGCCUCUGCUGGACAAGGACGGUGGGGGUUGCGCCGGCGCAGACGACGCGUCCAGCGGCUACGGCAGCCCGCCCGACCCCGACGUCUGCGACGCCGCGCGAUGACCGAUGAUCCCUCGCCGACUUCUCGCCUCGGUGAAACCUCACUGAGUAGCGGCGAGACGAGCAGGCCUCGAGCGGUUCCGCCGCGGUACUCUCUGGCACCGACAACAUCUCAACAGAACGUAGAGUGGCUCCCCAUCCCCAUCUUUAUUAACUAGCCAUCGCCAUCACCCUGUAACAAUAUCUAUAAGAACUAUUCUAAUUAUGCUUUAUUUCUAUCAUUUUUUCUAGUUCAUGCUAUAAUUGAAUUACGAAGAAUCUCUAAUAUAUAACAGCUGAAGUGCGACUUUAUUAAUGGCUUAGUAUAGCCGCAGUAUUUGUAAAUCCGGCUAAGUGCAGAAUUACAUCGAGUCGCCUCGGCAAAUAUAUUUUACAAGCUCGGCGCGAGAGUACAUUAGGCUAGAAGGCGGACCAUGGAUAUGUGGCCACUUUACAAAGUGUCCGGGAUGAGUCGCGAUAACGUUGUCAGAACACGAUAUUUCCAUUAUGUAUACGAUUUGAGCACUUGUUUACAUGUUAAGAUAGCGGCGCCGCGUGGGUAGGACGUGCGUCUCGCUUCUACUCUAAUAAUAUAUAGUACCACAUCUUGCGCUUAGCCUCUCCAUAUUUGUCAAUAGAUAGAAAUUCCCGAUACUGGCACACACAUUUUCUUUUUAAUUAUUUUGCUUAAACAAUUGUAUAAAAGCAGGCACAUCAAAAUUGAGAAUAUUUUAGUGCAGAAACUUUUUAAUUACUAUCAAUCAUCAUCAAAAGGAUUUCAGACCCAAAAGUUAUAGUAAUAUUGAUAAUAAAAUCGAUCUCAUUGUUAUGAAGUUGUGUGUACAAUAAGAACUAAAUAUUGUUAUCAUACAAGGUAUGAAGUUUUGCAUGAUUUUUCAUUUGUAAUUUUCUUUUUGAUCGGUUAAGUAUAUGUUUAUGUUAUGUUUUUACCAAAGAUAAGUUUGCGUUAAAAUAUUUUUAUUAGUUUACACAAGUGAGCUACACAUGUAGAUUGAAUAGUGAUAUAUCUGGUACUCAGAAGUGGUGCAAUGGUUAAACUUAACGAUAAGUACCUCUGUAUAAAAUAAAUGUUUAAGAAAUUUAAUUUACCUUUUCUGCCAUCGCUUCAGUAAAUGUUGUCCGCAAAUAUAAUCGUAUCCCUGAUACGUCUACAUGCUUUUAAACAUUUAGUUUUUCUCGGAAAUUGAAGCCGUUUGAAUACUAAUGUUUUUAAUAUAAAUAGCUAGUAUAAAAUAAAGAUUUCUACAAUAAAAGAUGUAUUUAUGUAAAAAAUUGAACUGUCGUUAAUUAUAAAUAUUGGCUAGUGUAAAAUGUCAGCGUUUAAAAUACCUAACCUUAAGAGAUCACAAUGAAAAUGUUUCAGAUUUUCGUAAACAUCGACAGAUUAUUCAUUUUGCCGUUACUAUGUAAAUAAAUAUAUUUAUUUAAUGAUUA